GCGAUCUAGGGUUUUGCGGUCGAUCUCUCGGCCCUCCUCCUGCUGCUCCUCUUUCCUUUGGCUUCAGGGAGCGAGCGUGCGAGAGCAGACGGCGAGGUAACAAGCCAUGGUCCACGUUAGCUUCUACCGCAACUAUGGGAAGACUUUCAAGAAGCCCCGUCGUCCAUAUGAGAAGGAGCGUUUGGAUGCGGAGCUGAAGCUUGUUGGAGAGUACGGGCUCCGGUGCAAGCGGGAGCUUUGGAGGGUCCAGUAUGCACUGAGUCGCAUCCGUAAUGCUGCAAGGGAGCUCCUCACCCUCGAUGAGAAGAAUCCACGGAGGAUAUUUGAGGGAGAGGCCCUCUUGCGCCGGAUGAACCGGUUCGGGCUUCUUGAUGAGAACCAGAACAAGCUUGAUUAUGUUCUGGCCCUCACCGUGGAGAACUUCCUCGAGCGCCGGCUCCAGACACAGGUGUUCAAGUCUGGAAUGGCCAAAUCUAUCCAUCAUGCCAGGGUCCUCAUCAGGCAGCGCCACAUCAGGGUGGGCCGCCAGGUGGUGAACAUUCCUUCCUUUAUGGUGAGGGUUGACUCGGCUAAGCACAUUGAUUUUGCUCUCAAUAGCCCAUUUGGUGGAGGCCGCCCUGGAAGAGUGAAGCGAAAGAACCAGAAGGCAGCAGCCAAAAAGGCAGCAGGAGGUGAUGGUGAUGAGGAAGAUGAAGAUUAAGAGCUUGAUUAUGGUCCUAGUAGCAAAUAAUUGUCAAUUUAGUUUCUAAAAUAUUGCUAUGAAGACUCUUGUUAGAUUCAGCUAGUAAACCAUCUUGUUCUUUCUUUUCUGACUAUUGGAAUAUGAUUUUGUGUUGCUCUAUUCUCUCAGCUCUUAUUUGGAUGUUAUAUAUGUUGAUGUUAUAUUAUGAGAGUAUGCUGAAAGUGGAUUGCAUCACCGAUGUGAUGCAGUAGUUUGCACUGA